AUGUAUUUGGGAACUGCCCAGCAUAUGGUUAAACAUAUUGUUUAUGUGACAAUCUUAAUCACUUGGCUGUGGUUUGCAAAAGUAAAUAAGAAAGCUUUUAAGAAAGAAAUCCGGAUUCAGGAAGCUGAAAAUGGAUCAAGUGAAGAAGAUGAAUCAAUUGCUCAGCUACAUGGAGUGUAUGAAUUCAAAGGAAGUACUGCAGUUUAA